GGUGAAUACUCAGCCAAUGAAUAGUUAUUUAAUAGCUGGUACCUAUUUAUGCUAAAAUACCUUGUAAUAUUUUUUUGUAUGAACUACACUAUUAGAAAACCAUUUACUAACUUUAUAUGUGCCCAUAAAAUAUAGGUAGAAAGAGCCUGCCUACACCGAAGCCAUCUCGGAAGCAAGAGAAGAGUAGGAUUCAACCUUUCAAAGUUGGAGAGAUGACUCCAUGGGUUAGGCCAUCACCUUCCGAGAGUUCCCUUGCUACUCUUCUGUUUAGCAUCCCAUCCCAUAAGCCAUGCUUUGACCCGGUUGAGCACCUAAAGAGCCCCAGAGCCAUCCAGCCUGUUCUAUUCCAGGAAGUUGGCCUAUCUCAGACACCUUUAGUUACACAUCAAAUCCCAAGAGAGAAAACUAUUAUUCAAGCAAAACAAAGGAGCAGGACAGGACUGACAAAGAAACGCUCUGCUAAUAAACUGUAUAGCAUAAAAUUACCACCGGUCCCAGAGGUGACUGAGCUCAGCUUCAGCCGAAAUUUCAGCUUUUCUUUCUUUGAACUUCCUGAGCACCAGAACCCUCAGCAAUGGCUCCAGCGGCAGAGACUGGUUCAUAUAAUGAUGAGUGAGCUCCUUGGAAAAACCAUAGAGUGAGGAUAAAGGGGUACAAAACUAAUUUUAAGUAGAUGAAAUAAUGUUAUAACUAAAAUAUAAUGGUUCAUUCUUAUUUAUUCCUUAGUGCAAAGUUUAGAUUUACUAUUAUGUGGACAUUUUUCUCAGUCUCCCCAUAAAUGCCAACUUUGAAGCAUUCCAUUUUCAGUACACAGUCACACGCAUAGAGCACUGUAUAACUAAGUACAGGUUCUGGGAUGGCAGUGCAUCAUGGGAAAUAUACUUUAAAAUCAGGAUUGGCCAUCACAGAUACAGAGAGAGAUCACGUAAUUUCAAGCCAUUUCUCUGAUUUUUGUAGACAUUGAAAAUUGUCUGUUUUUCUUUUUCAAUAAUACAAAAUCAUGUAAACUUCUGUUUUUGUCUUUAUGUUGCAUAUAUUUAACAUAAAGUUGUUAAUACAUUCAUUCAGUAC